AUGGCUCUACCAAAACCAAAAUAUUCUCUGGAUGAUUCCUGUUCGAUACUCUAUAACAAUACAUUAUACGCAUACAACAGCGAAGCGUUUCAAUCGCUAUCGUUAGUCCAAGGAGCGAAUUGGACGCAGUUAUCCCAAGGAGAAUCUGUAUCGGGAGGAGUGUGUGUAAAGGCAACACCUGCUAACGGACAGGAUGCAUUGUAUAUUGUCGGUGGAACGAGCAAAAAUGCUACAAGCCUGUAUACGGGUCUUCAACGAUAUAAUUUUAAUGAUGGAACAUGGGACACCUUAACUACUACAGUGCUAGUCGCUCAAAAUCGACUUUGGCACAGUGCUGUAUACUUGAAUGCAUCGGACUCCAUUCUAAUGUAUGCAGGAAGUCAAGAUGGUAGUAAAGAUCCAUCAUCUCAAACCUUCACAAUUUCCGCGUCGCCUCCAUACAAUGUUCUGUCAUAUGGGGCUUCUAUUACACCCCCCGUACCCGCUGUGCAGCCUCUAUUACUUCCAUGGUCAUCAGACUCGGCAAUCUAUAUUGGCGGUACUGACACAAACACUGCCGUGAUGGAAUUCAAUCCAACAACGGCCUGGGCUAACACAAACAGCAGCUUGGCCACUCCGAUAUAUAACACUUCAGCAGUCAAGGCAGUUGUGAUGACAGGCGAUGACGGAAGCAAGAACCUUUAUACUUUCGAUAUGACAGUGGCACCAAACACUGUGAAUAGGACCAUUCUGGUUGAUGGUUCUGGAAGUCCCGUGCAAAGCGCGGAGGCUGUUGUGUCAACAAGUACCUCUACAAAAAGAGCUACGCAAGAAGUAAAAAGAAGUAGUCUUACGGAAGCUAAUUGGCCUGCUUAUAAUGGUACACUAGCUCCAACAUCUACCAGGACAUCAUAUUCGGUCGCGAUGGGCGCAUCUGGACAGGUAGUAAUAUCAGGUGGAAAUGAGGAUGAUGUUCUUUGCAUAUUUGGAGCGGGAACAAAUUCUUGGGUUAAUGCAACAUCAAUGUUGGUCAAGUCUACCACACAGCAAAUUGUUAUACCAUCAGCGUCCCCAUCGAUUGCAAGUUCCUCGGUACCUACAAGUACUGGUAAUACCACUGCAGCAGCCGCAGAAUCGACCGAUAAGGUUGCCGACAAGUUUCCGGUAAAAGUAUUGGGUGCAGUACUUGGGUCUAUAAUUGGGGCCGCUCUACUACUCAUUGGUGUGUUGAUCCUUUUUCGAUGGCGACGGAAGAAGAGGGAUCUCAAAAACGCAGAUGCGAAUGGAUAUCCUCUCGAAAAAGAUGGGUUAGAGUUCUCGGACAGAGGCCUGGCAAAUAUGCACUCAUCAAUGCAUCCGCCGCGACAUGGACAAUCGGCGUCCCAAGGUUCAUUUUCAUCAAUGGCCAUCUUGAUGGGUCGUAUAGGACAUCGAAGAGGAGAGGACGACAAAGGCAACGGGAGUGCGGGAAGUGGCAGCAGCAGUCAAUUUAACAAGAACUACAAAACUACAAUAAAUGAGCCUACAUCACCUGAUCAGACUUACGCUCAAGAUGCAUUGGCAAAGGAAGUUUCAUUCGGUCAAGAUACGGUUACACCACGACCUAGAAAUCCUGGAGCGCAGAGACGAGGCAGUACAAGAAGAUCAUCGGGGUGGAAUCGAUAUUGGUCUGGUGGAAGUGCAAUGACGAGUUUCUUGGGUUUUGGAGAAUCAAAACAAAAUCUUUCUAAUAGUGACGAUGACGCCGCCUCACGAUACUCGGAUCCAAGGCUGAAUACACAGCUUAAUGCUUCCAGACUUCCAAGUCAGAUUACCACCACAUCCGCUUUGGUCCCUCCAUUGAAGAUUCCGAUUCCGGGGGAUACUCCAUUAUAUCGGGUUGCUACCAAUAGUCCUACUGUAUCGACCGCUGGGUCUCAUUUCCCAGUAGCAGCAGAGAUGUCUGGCAAAAUUGAAGGGCUCCGACCUGACUCUUACGCAAGCAAUGCUUCAUCUUAUGAUGGAAGAUCUGAUGCAUACUCGAGUGGAGUUCCGGAAAGUGUAAAUGAUCCGGACUCAUGGGCAAUGGGUAAUCAAGGCUGGUCUCAAAACAGACCAAGUAAUGCAUAUACUGUUAGUGUAUACAACACCAACAGAGAUACUGUUGGAGGGAAUAAUUUCUCGCUCCAAUCACCUCAACCACCACCACCUACUCAACGACAAAACCAACCCUCAAUCCCUUCGGAUAUGAGCUGGUUAAACCUUGGUACCAAAACUCGAAUAUGA